CGUCUGCAGUUUACAAACAAGUAAACUUGAGGCACAGUCAAUCUAUAUCAUUUGCCCACGGAGUGGAGCUGGGCAACCAACGAAGCAAGACUCCUCCUAGGGAUGAUUGCUUUCUUUUCUUUGCUACACUCGGAUUCUGAAUUUCACCGGAAGGUGAUGUGGAUGCCCCUUAGAGGGAUGUGAAUUGCUUCUUUGGAAUCCCAGCAGCUGGCUGCUACCCCCUGGAGAGUGGCGUUUCUUCGGAGAGGGUCCGGGAGGCGGUCCAUCAUGAGUGAGAAAUGGGACUCCAACUCGUCAGAAAAAUGGCAUCACAAUUGGAGUGCCAACAACACAAAGCUAGAUCUGUACUCAGAUAGCAGUAUCACCUAUGUGAACUACUAUCUCCACCAGCCUCAAGUGACAGCAAUUUUCAUUAUUUCCUACUUUCUGAUAUUCUUUCUGUGCAUGGUGGGAAACACAGUGGUUUGCUUUAUCGUCAUGAGGAACAAACACAUGCACACAGUCACUAAUCUCUUCAUCUUGAACCUGGCCAUCAGUGACUUACUGGUCGGCAUAUUCUGUAUGCCUAUCACGCUGCUGGACAAUAUCAUAGCAGGAUGGCCAUUUGGAAGCUCAAUGUGCAAGAUCAGUGGCUUGGUCCAAGGGAUAUCUGUUGCAGCUUCAGUAUUUACUUUAGUUGCAAUAGCAGUGGAUAGGUUCCGGUGUGUCGUCUACCCUUUUAAACCAAAGCUCACUAUCAAGACAGCAUUUGUCAUUAUUAUGAUUAUCUGGGUACUGGCCAUUGCCAUUAUGUCCCCAUCUGCAAUAAUGCUACACGUACAAGAAGAAAAAUAUUACCGAGUGAGACUCAACUCCCAGAAUAAAAGCAGCCCUGUCUACUGGUGCCGGGAAGACUGGCCAAAUCAGGAAAUGAGGAAGAUCUACACCACUGUGCUGUUUGCCAACAUCUACUUGGCACCCCUGUCCCUCAUUGUCAUCAUGUAUGGAAGGAUUGGAAUUUCACUCUUCAAGACAACAGUGUCCCACAGAGGCAAACAGAACCAGGAGCACGUGGUGUCCAAGAAGAAGCAGAAGGUCAUUAAGAUGCUCCUGGUGGUUGCCCUGCUUUUCAUUCUCUCCUGGCUGCCUCUGUGGACUCUGAUGAUGCUCUCAGACUAUGCUGACCUGUCUCCAAAUGAACUGCAGGUCAUCAACAUCUACAUUUACCCUUUUGCACACUGGCUGGCCUUUUGCAACAGCAGCGUCAACCCCAUCAUUUAUGGUUUCUUCAAUGAGAAUUUUCGCCGUGGUUUUCAAGAUGCUUUUCACCUCCAGUUCUGCCAAAAAAGAGCAAAGCCCAAGGAAGCCUACUCCCUAAGAGCUGAAAACAAUGUGGUCUUCAACACAUCUUAUCUGUCAGCUCAGGAAACUGCAACUAAAAACCCGCAUGAGGAAAUCAUGCUUUGCAGGAAAAGUGCUAAGAAGCCUAUAGAGGAAUGCGUGAUGGAGGAAUUAGAACUUACCAAUAGCAAUGAUAUGUGAAAAGAGCCAGUGGGAUGAUUUUCAACUCUACUGCAUGUUAUAUAUUGAGAUAUUGUUGGUUUCUCUGGCUCUGUACUUCAGUUCUUCUUAAGAAUGCUAGAAGUCCUCUCUGGAAAAAAGUAAACAAAAUGACCUUCUGUUCAUAAUCAACCUUAUUGUAUGUAAAAUAUAUGCAGAGAUCCAAAUGCAAAUUUUCCUAGAUAAAUCUAUUUUCUAGGACCAAUUUUCAAAGCCUGAUCUUGUGCAAUUUAGCUAUUUGUGUAUGAAUCAAGCAUGUUUUAUGUGUAUGUGCAUGUAUGCAACACACAGACAUUUUCCUCAAGUGGUGAUAAAGAGGCAGUUCUUUGCACGAGAACACAUUUUGUCAAUUUUCCCUUAGACUGCAGAAUUAUUUGUCUGUUUCUACUUUUUAAAUGUACUUAUCUUUCUUAUAAAUAAGAACUACAAUAGCAAAUAAGGGGACACUGUAUUUCUUUGUAUUUAGAGGUUGCUAUUUUUUUCUUUAAAGAUU